CUCCUCUCUCUCCCCUGCAAGCUGCUCACAGAUCCAAUCUCUCCAUGUGAGUGCACACACUCAGACAAAGCUCCAAGGAUUUCAUUACCUCGAUCGGCUCUGAUGAAGUACUGAAUUAGUUUUGUUCUCGCAUUGAUGCAUAAGUUGGAGAUGAAUCGGAGCUUUCGGAACUCGGUGACCGGCGGCGGGAUGAAUUUCCCGCUGGCGUCGCACCACCGGCGCGGACUUAGUCUCAAUGGAGCAUCCAACUGUGAAGCCUCUGAUGAUUCGCUGGAUCUCUUCUCCAAAAGUCGUCGCAGCCUCUCCGCAGCCUCCUCCGACGAUUCAGACGGAACAGUUCCGGUUAAACUGGGAAGGCUUUCAGUUGGAUCAGUGAUUGUGGGGAAGAAUGGAUCAGAUGAUCUGUUGUCAUCUUCUGAAGAAGGCAAACAUGAUUAUGAUUGGCUUCUAACUCCUCCAGGAACUCCGCUUCCUUCAUCCAACGUAAAUGAACCUCAACCAGGACAUGUCGCUCUGGCUUCAAGAAGCCGCCCUUUGGCCAGAUCAGUCUCGGCAUCUAAGCCGUCAAGGCUUUCUGUGUCUCACUCUGAGAACAGUAGUCAGCCAACAAGGCCAACUCGCAGCAGCUCUGUAACCCGUCCUUCUAUCUCCAGUUCACAGUACAAUAACUACUCAAACAAAUCAAGUAAUAAUAUUCUGAACACAAGCUCUGCUUCAGUUUCAUCCUAUAUUAGACAAUCUACUCCCACACGUUCUUCAUCUUCAGCCAGACCAUCCACCACCACCACUUCACGCCCAACACUGUCAAGGCCUUCAACUCCUCCGAGAGGACAUCCAUCCCUUAGCACCGGUUCCAGACCAUCCCAAAGCUCGAGACCUUCCACCCCAACCUCUAGGCCUCAGAUUACUUCAUCGAUGAGUUCUUCUGCUCCUCGAUCUACUACAUCAAGACCAUCAACACCUACACGUCGGAAUUCUUUUCCGCCUUCAACUCCUCCGAGAGGACAUCCAUCCCUUAGCACCGGUUCCAGACCAUCCCAAAGCUCGAGACCUUCCACCCCAACCUCUAGGCCUCAGAUUACUUCAUCGAUGAGUUCUUCUGCUCCUCGAUCUACUACAUCAAGACCAUCAACACCUACACGUCGGAAUUCUUUUCCGUCAGUUUUGCCAACACCAUCCUCUGGACGCACUGUCAGCAAUGGAAGAAAUGUAGGUUCAGUUUCGCGCCCAAGCUCCCCUGCUAGAAGUACAGCCUCAGUAUCACGCCCAAGCUCCCCAGGUCCACCAAUUCGACGAACACCUCAACCAAUUGUUCUUCCGGAUUUUUCACUGGAAACUCCUUCAAAUUUGCGAACCUCAUUACCUGACAGGCCACUGUCGGUUGGUAGGUCCAGACCUGGUGCUCCCCUCUCUGGAAAAGGGGCUAUGGAUAUUCCAAAUGCUGGAAAUCCACCGCGGCGGCAGCCAUCACCCUCUGGAAGAGUGCGAGUGGUUGGAAAUGGGCACUCGUCUGAUGCCUCCGACCCUGGCAGAGUUUCACAUGGCUCAAAGUUGCCUCAGAGGAAAUCGGUUAGGACACCUACUGAGAGUGUGGGCUUUGGUGGGACUAUCUCAAAGAAAUCUCUUGACGUGGCUAUCAGGCAUAUGGAUAUAAGAAAUGGCCCGAAUGGCGCACGGGCAAUUUCAGGCUCGACACUCUUCCCUCCUAGCAUCCGAUCCAACGGAACCAAAAAGCAGCAGCAGGUGCAUGGUUCAAGUUCCCCGGCAUCUUUGAGUGGAAGUAUGAACAGUAACAACAGCGAGCCCAUCUUAGAAAAAGGAAGUAGUAAUAAUGGUAGGCCUUUGGAGAACAGAAGCGAAGAAGAGGAAAGACAUGAACGGCCUUCUUUAACAAGAGUGACAGACGGGGCUGAUGUGUACGAGAGUUGUCGUUAUGACAUGCUCCUACUCAAAGAGGAUGUCAAGAACACUAAUUGGUUGCACAGCAUUGAUGACAAGUCCGAGGCCACCAUGUUUGACAAUGGUUUUGAACCCCUCCCCGAACCCUUUGACCCUCUACUACAAUAGCGCCAAUGCGCCAUUGAAAUUUGGAAUGCUUAUGAUAGUAAGCUCUUUUUUUUUUUUUUUUAAAUUUUAAAAUCCCCUUAAGCUAUGUUUGAAUGGAUGUAAGAGGUAAGUAAUGGAAUGGAAUGAAAUGAAAUGUAAAGGGAAUUGUUUCCUUGUUUGGAUGGGUUUUAUGGAGAGGGUGACAUGCUUCCAAUCCUUGCCACUAUUUUAUACGAGUUUACCUACACUCCAAAUUGGGGUUUAGGAUUUAGGAAAGUGAAAACAAAUGUUCCAAACUUGGUGUUGUUCAUUUGGACGAAUUGUUUCCAACAGUACAGAAGUUAUUUUUGUCAUUUU